CCCCGCCCAGACGUGCGAGAAGCAACGGCGCAGCUCCGGCUCCCCUUUCCCUCUUGCCCGGUGAGAGGUGUCUAUGGGGCACCUGCCGCCGCCGCUACUGCCGCCGCCAGGUCCUGUCUCUAUGGCAAGGAGGAGGAGGAGGAGUGCGAGCUCAGCGACACAAGUACACAAAUAAAGGAUAGAGUAUUUUAUGAAACAAAUCUUCAAUCAAGUAUAACAUUUUGAUGCUUGGCAACUAGACUCCUUGUGCCCUCACUAUGCCAGCAGCAACUGUAGAUCAUAGCCAAAGAAUUUGUGAAGUUUGGGCUUGCAACCUGGAUGAAGAGAUGAAGAAAAUUCGUCAAGUUAUCCGAAAAUACAAUUACGUUGCUAUGGACACCGAGUUUCCAGGUGUGGUUGCAAGACCCAUUGGAGAAUUCAGGAGCAAUGCUGACUAUCAGUACCAACUAUUGCGGUGUAAUGUAGACUUGUUAAAGAUAAUUCAGCUAGGACUGACAUUUAUGAAUGAGCAAGGAGAAUACCCUCCAGGAACUUCAACUUGGCAGUUUAAUUUUAAAUUUAAUUUGACAGAGGACAUGUAUGCCCAAGACUCUAUAGAGCUACUGACAACAUCUGGUAUCCAGUUUAAAAAACAUGAGGAGGAAGGAAUUGAGACCCAGUACUUUGCAGAACUUCUUAUGACAUCAGGAGUAGUCCUCUGUGAAGGGGUCAAAUGGUUAUCAUUUCAUAGUGGUUAUGACUUUGGCUACUUAAUCAAAAUCCUGACCAAUUCUAAUUUGCCUGAAGAAGAACUUGACUUCUUUGAGAUCCUUCGAUUGUUUUUUCCUGUCAUUUAUGAUGUGAAGUACCUCAUGAAGAGCUGCAAAAAUCUCAAGGGUGGUUUAUAGGAAGUUGCUGAACAGUUAGAGCUGGAACGGAUAGGACCACAACAUCAGGCAGGAUCUGACUCACUGCUCACAGGAAUGGCCUUUUUCAAAAUGAGAGAAAUGUUCUUUGAAGAUCAUAUUGAUGAUGCCAAAUAUUGUGGUCAUUUGUAUGGCCUUGGUUCUGGUUCAUCCUAUGUACAGAAUGGCACAGGGAAUGCAUAUGAAGAGGAAGCCAACAAGCAGUCAUGACAUGAAAUAGUUCUUUUAUUUUUAUUUGAGCUACACACAUGCUUGUAUAUAGGUUUUAUCUCUGGUUGAAUCCCUUGAACAAUAGACAUUACUUUUUUUUUUCUUUCAUAGCUCAUUUUAUUUUCUGCCUUUCAGUACUAAGUAUGACCAUUCCUAUCUCAGAUCUUAAUAAACAGAAAAGCAUUCAGGUUAAAUCUGGCCUUAACUUAAUAUACUUGUUAGUAGGCGUGUGUGACAGUGGGGAAGCUAUUCAAUACAUCAUAUUGAAUACUUUGAUAAACUUUACCUACUUGAGCUUGGUUUGUUUUUUCCCUUUCCUAAAUUAACUAGCACUGACUGUAAUUUAUUUCCCUGUUUCAUGUCUCCCUUCUAUUCUGCAGGAGUUUUAGCUAUUUGAGAUUGUGGACCAUCAAUUUUGCACUUUAGAGAGUGAUUCUGACUCAUAGCCUCUGUUUUAUCAGCAGUUUUGGCUUUUCUUGCUCUUAGCUGGAAAAAUGACCAUCUGCCAACUUUAUACAGUAUUUACUUGUUUUUGACCCACAGCAUAUAGCACAUGAAUUGUGCAAAUGGUUGAUUCAGCAAGACUAAAAAAAAAAAAAAGACAAAAAACUACUGAGGAGCUUAGUAACUGCUGUUUCUGUAUGUAGUAGUCAAUCUUCCAAGCACAUCUAGUGUCUGUCAGUUUCUAAUUGGCAUGUUGCAGGCUGCUCUGUGACUGAAGAAUUUUUCAAACCAGCUUUAUGCCCUUCAGGAAAAAUCCUUUGUGAUUGGAUGUUUAGUGUCUGCCGGGAAACUGGUAUCCAAGAUGUUGAAGCUGCA